AAGCAAUCAACCCGUCUAUGAUGUUUGUAGGUUAAGUACGCUCUACGCAAGGCAUAACCUUAUCCCGUCGUAUAUAAGCGCAACAAGUGCACGAAACUUCUCAAAUAAAUUUACAAUAUCUUUUUAAAAGAAUACAGAUAUUGUCUGAAUUUCAUUGAAAUAAGGACUUUGAAGUCCUCUCAAUUUUAUUCGUCACAUCGAAAAAAAGCUUGAUUAAAGAGGUGCAAUAAAAAUAUAUUUUGAAAAAUUGAUUCACAUAAAUGUUUCAAGUUAAUUUUCGCAUUAAAUUGUAACUGUGAAGAGGAAGAACUUUUUUUGGAAAAAGAUUUUUAGAAGUUAUAAUUUCAAUUACAAAUUAUGAGAAAGACUUUUAAUUUGAAAAUCUCACAAUCUUCGAUAAUAGCAAUUGUAUUGUGAAGAAGAGAACUAUGAUAUCAAAUUUUGAUACAUCAAUUUAAACUUUGAGAAAGAAGAAUUGAAGACUUAAUCUUUGAAUCAACUCAACUUUAAGCACAGAGAGAUUUGUAAGGCUUACUUUGAAAGGUGUAAUUUUAAUUGCAAAUUAUGGAUGAGAAAGAUGUAAGAAUUCCUUUAUAUCUAUGGGCUAUUUCAACCAUGAUGAAAAAGGAUCCCAUCUUCUCAUAUUAAAACUGUGAGAAUGAAAGAUUCAAAAUCUGCUUGAUUGUUUAGAUUUAUAACUACAAUCUUGAAAUACAAGUCAGAUUUAUUUACCACUUUAGUAAAGUGCUACAAUAUCCUAAUCAUGCCACAUCCUUGUGUUGUUUGUGGCCGUUCACGUAUGAAUCCCAACAAUCGUGAAGAAGAAUACAUGUUUUUUGGCUUUCCAGUGAAUGAUGAAGCUCGUUGUUGUCGUUGGCUAGAAUUCUGUGGUCGUGAAGACCUCUACAAACUCACAAAGAAACAGCUUCUACAGCGUAUGAUCUGCUCAAAGCAUUUCCAACCCCACGAUUUUCUAAAUGAAUAUUUGGAUCGUUUAAAUUCCACUGCAGUUCCCUCGGUUUAUGAUCCUAAGCAGAGCUUGUACAAUAUAGCAUGUGUUCUUUGUGGAAGAACACGAAGAGAUCCACCCGAAGCAGAUUAUGAUGGAACAACCUUUCACCAUUUUCCUGGAGAAGAAUUCCGUUGCCUCAAAUGGUUGGACUUUGUCGGUGUGGACUCUUAUUAUAGGCUAACAAGGAAGGAGAUUCUUUUCUGCUACAUCUGCUCCAAACAUUUUGAUCGUUCCCAAUUUGUCCCAGGAUUUAAAGGAAGAUUAAUAGAUAAUGCCAUUCCCAAUAUUCGUGAUCCAGACCAAUUAGACGAAAUAGAACCUGCUAUUACCGAGUUGCAGGAUGAACCAAGACUUUUUAAUUCUCCAGAUAAGGACAAAAAGUUGGAACCAUUGCCUGUUAAAGUAUUAGAAAGUCAGGCUUGUGCAGCUUGUGGUCGAUUAAGGUCUGAUCCAAAGAACAAGAUUGAACGUUACAAAUUUCAUCCAUUCCCAGCAUACGAAAUAGGUCGCUGUUUGCGCUGGUGUCAAUUCUUGGGUCGAGAAGAUUUACUCAAAAUGUCACCUAACCAAAUACGCAAACUUGUACUUUGUUCAAAACAUUUUCAAAUUGGUCAAAACUUCCAUAAAGUUGGCCCUUGUGAUGCAGUGCCUACAAUUAAGAACAUUUCCGAAUCUGAAGAUAUUAUAGAACAAAAUGAGGAUGAUCAGGAUUUCGGAGAAGAUUCUUCCAAGGGCUUAAAGCGUUCCAGGCCACUAGUGUCUAGUAAAAAACCCAAGAUCGACAACAAACCUGCGCCAUUGGCAAAGAAACGAGGAAAAUCUCGACGACCAACUUCCAUUAAUAUUCCUAGACCUGUUGCUAACAAUUUGGAGAACCAAAUAAUCAGAAAACUACCUCUUCCAUCUUCUAAUUGGAAGAUCCAAUUGACAGAUCAAUUGCAGCCAAUUACAAUCCCUGCAAACGUUACAAAUAAUCAGGCAAAUGUUAAGAAAAUAAUAUUUCCGUUUACUGGAGAUAUAUCAACUCUUGGUGCUCCAAUACCAGUUCAUAGUUUAUCAAGUAUUCCUCCAGGUUUACUAAUCAAGAUAAACUUGCCAGAACAAGAACAACAACAACAACAACAGAAAAAAUUGUCAAAGGUGAGGAAGCAAAGCAAGACAAAGAAUGUGACAAAGAACAAGAUAAAUAAAUCGAAUAAACAAAUUCGGAAGAAAAAUAACGGUCAAACUUCUGUCACAUUACAAGAUACGAAACAAAAUGUAGAUAAAACUAUAGUGGAGUUUCUAUCAAUAUCUUCAGAACCAGAAGAGACUUUAAAUUCUAAUGAAAAUAAAAUGCAGGAAGAAACGAUUCCUCAUUCUUUGGAAGUUUUGAAUAUUGAAGAUGAAAUGCAGAUAAAGAGAGAGAAGUAUUUCGAAGAAGUAAAGAAAGAGAAAAUAAAGAAAAUUUCAGUAAAGAAGAACAAGGUAAAGCGACAGAAGAAAUGUACAGGAACUAUGAAAAGAACUAUGUUUCCUAUCAAGAGCGAGAUAAAAUGUUUCUUUAGAAAAAUGACGCCGCUGAUGCAUCGGCUACCGACACAGACUAGGGCAACGCUGAAAUUGUCAAUCGUUAACAUGGUAAUUGAUCAACUCUGAAAUUUCGAAUAUAUUUUACAUUAUGUAUUUUAAAAUUAAGAUGUUUUUCAUGAUUGAUUAGAAAUUAUAUGAUACAAGAAGAUUAAGUUUUGGCUGAUUUUUGGCUUAAACGUAAAGAAGUUCCAAGAUGUACAAAUUAUAUUAUAUAAAUAACUUAGAUUGAAUCUAAUCUUAGAUUGAAUAGAUUAUAAAGAUUAUAUCGUAAAUAUUACAUACAAGUACACAUACAAUAAAAAUUUGUAUAAAAUAUAAAUUGUUUUUAGUUUUAUCUUUUUACUUAUGCCAUAAGUUAUAGCCCAGAUAGCAAAACGUGAUAACUCAAUCUAAAGCAAAUCAUCGCGCAGAUUAAAUUGCUU